AUGUCUGCCGGGCGAACUAUCGUAUCUAGCCCAGGCACGAAACAAGAAAGGCCCAUUCAACUUUCCUCUAGAGGAUUGGACUUGCUGACGUCGUUCGGCGGCGAUCCCCCUUCCGCGGAACCCCGCUUGUCUACAUCACCCGUCACGUCUGUUUCCGUUGGUUUGGGGAACGAGACGGCUUAUCUGCUACAUACCUUUUGUAGUGGCUUGGCUACGUGGAUGGACCUCUUUGACUUCAACCUUUCGUAUCAGCGGGAUGUAUGCCGGCGGGCCCUCCAAUCACGCCUCGUGCUACACUGCAUUUGUGCUUUCGUAGCUAAGCAUCUUUCUCUGCUUCCCGAUGGGGCAAUGUGGCAGCCCAUUGCCUCUUGUUAUUAUGGCGAGGCACUUCAGCGACUCAUCACUGCCCUAAAUCUUCCAGGGCCAGAAAAUGGCAGCGAUGAACUUGUUGCAUCGAUACUGCUCGGGAGUUACGAGGUAUUAUCCGCAUCGCGAGAACCACACUAUUCGCAUUAUCAAGGAUCACUUGAUUUGAUCCGGAGUCGGAAUAUCAAUGCUGCAACCACUGGUCUAGACAGAGCGAACUUUUUCAUAUAUGUGCGCCACGACAUCUCUAUAGCUUUAGCCAGAAGACAACCUCUCCAGCUGGAUCCAGCCGCCUGGGCCAUGCCACCGCUACCAUCGGCGAGCGUGAGCGAAGGUGAGAUGGGAAAUCAUCUUUUGUGGAUCACUGGUAGGACGAUCAAUCUCAUCUACGGCAAUGAUGCGACAUGCUCCCUUCGACAGUCACUGAUCGACAUGGUCGAUGAAUGGUACAGCAGAGCGACUGAGACGCUUCGAGGAUUCCCGUAUGGGGAUGAGGAUGAGGAUGGGUUACGGAAACUCUUUUUCGCCAUUCCCGCGGCCGCAGCAGCCAUAACGUGGUAUCAUUUGACUCGGAUCCUGUUACUAGCAGAGCCAGAAUUGCUUCAUGCGGAUUUAGAUCAAAAUGUCCAGCAUCAUGUUAAAUCCAUAUUGGCCAUUGCAGCCUCGAAAAUACCAGCAGGCGUUCUUAGCUUUGUGAUCCUACCUGUAUACUUUGGCAAGCACGCUGUCAACAUUUCAAAAAAGCUAAGAGCCUACAUAAUGCUUAAGGAUAUCCAGAGUCAAAUAGGACAAAGUACUCAAGAACAGAGACAAUCAAUGAGCCAAUUAUUGAGCGUGAAGCUUGAAUAA